AUGACAGAACUUAACAGACUACUAACCAAAACAAUCUACGACUUUAAGCUUCCUAAUUCCUCAAACGAGUACAUUGAUUUUCAAACUUUUAAAAAUAAAGUAUUGAUAAUCGUAAAUGUAGCAAGUCUAUGUGGUUAUACACCGCAAUAUCUCGAAUUACAACAACUAUAUGCAAAGUAUCAUACGCGAGGAUUAGAGAUUUUGGCAUUUCCAUGUAAUCAAUUUGGCAAUCAAGAACCUCAAACUUCCAAAAAAAUCGAACAACAGUGCCGGCGCGAUUUCGGAGUUGAGUUUCCUAUUAUGAAGAAAUGUCGCGUCAAUGGCGAUGACUCUAUUGAACUAUACGAGUUUUUGAAAACGUCAAAACCGGGAUUAUUUGGAUUCAGGGGAAUCAAAUGGAAUUUUGAAAAGUUUGUUAUUGAUAAAAAGGGCAAUGUUGUUGCUAGGUUUGCAUCAUCUGUUACUCCUUUAGAUUUUGAAGAUUAUAUUGUGCAGUUGUUAGACAAAGAAGAAGAAGAAAAAAUACAAAGUUGA